GAUAAACCGUAAAACAACACGGAACCAAAAUGUUACGAUUUUUUUCAAUUUUUCUCUGUUUGAUCUCUUUUGCAGUGCUGGUUGCCAGCAAUGAUAACCAGAAAUGUAGAUUUAUGAGACAUCUUAGUACGUCAGAGAAAAAGGGAGAAGGACAAAUUGAAUUGCUUCGAGGAAAACGAUUUGAAGCCUCCGAUGAUUAUUAUAUAUAUGAUAUUGGUAUAUGUACUCAAGCAAUAGAUUCUACAGAUUCGGGCAAGGAUGUUGGUGUCUUACAAAUCAACAAAACAGAUAAGGCAACAAAAGUUGUCGGGAGAAUUUCGAAUGCCGACAUCAUGUCGGGACCUGAUUGGGUGUUGCUUGAAUAUAACAAUGGUGACCCUUACGGUUCGCAUUGUAAGGGUGAAAAUAGGCGUGCAAGAAUCAUGUUUAUAUGCGAUCAGUCGGCACCCGAUGAGAUAGCGAGAGUGUUAGGUGAGGAGAACAAUAAAACAGAAAGCUGUUACUAUCUGUUUGAAAUCAACACGGCAGUCGUGUGUAAGAAACAGCCUUUCAUCACGGUUGGGUUAAGUGUGGGCUCAGUUUUGUUAAUAGUGUUUUUUAGUGUUGUAGCCGUGUACUUACUGGCAGGCUGUUUGUAUAACAGAUUUAUCUUGCAAGCAAAGGGUUUAGAGCAGAUACCAAACUUGAGUUUCUGGGAAGACUUUGGGAAUCUUCAAGCAGAUGGCUGUGAUUUAGUAUGUAGAUCUCGGAAAUCCAGACAACCGAGGACUUAUAAAGGAAUCGGUGAUGAUCAGCUUGGCGAGAAUGAUACUGCGCCAACUGAUGAACAUUUACUACCAAUGUAACGUGUCACCAAUAUAAAGUGUCAGUGUUUUUUUGUGUAAUAUUUAGCAUGUGAUUGAACAAAGAAAAGAUAGAUACAUAGAUACAUUAUUGAACUCAAAAUGUGCUCAGUGGCUGGUUGAUAAAGAUAAUAAGUAAUUGUAAUUGAACACAUACAAAAUAUGAUGGUUUUUUUUUAUACCAUUCCAAAUAUAGUUAUAAUGUACAGUGUAGCCUCUGCAAAAUGGCCUUCUGUAGAGCUAAAAUCUCUUUGACCCUUUACCAUGUGUUUAUCUACAACAUUUCAGAAAUGGACUAGUCAAACAUCCAUAUUUGCAACUGUUCGUUAUCAAUUAUGGCAAUAUAAAGAUAAAAAUUGAAAAUCAAAUCACGUAACAGUAUAGAGCCUGGUCAGACUGCACUUAUAUACUGACUGACCUGGCAAAGGCUUAUCACUUUUGCAUCCAGAAGUUAAAGGGUUAAAACAUUAGCAUCAAUUCUUACCAGCAAAUUUUUCCCAA